AUCUCCCUCUACUCCCGAUAACUCUUCUCAACUCUACCUUUCGAUCAUUCCUCUCUACCCAUCUUCCAUCUAUCACACUUCUCACCAGAUCCCGAGCUUGACUUUUCCAAAAUCCUCAUUUAUCGAUUGCUCUUCUCUACCCAUCUGCUCUAUCUACGGAUUGCUCCAUCCCUAAAUCUCUUCCUUUUAAGGUUUUUCUUUAUUGUUUUGGGUGCUCUAGUUAGGGAAUUUCGAUACUUCUCUCCAUCUUAAACCCCCAAAAUGUGACCUCUUGACACCAUCGUGGAAUCUCCAUUUUUCGUUUUAGAGACCCAGAACCCAAUCAAUUCAUCUCCUUCUCUCAUAGGUAAUACGGGUGGCUCUUUGAAUGCCAUGGGUUUUGGCACAACUUGGCUCUUAUUGUCUCCUCGCUUCUCUUCAUGCUUUACUUGGGUUUCAGGCCAAGAAGAGCUUCUAGAAGCUUUCUUAUGGCAAGUCCUUCAUCAUGAUAGCCUGUUACUUCUACCUUUGGCUAGUUAGCUUGCUCAAUCUUGCUUGGUGUUCUUUUUAGGUUUGUGGGGUUUCAAUUUGUUUCUUUGGUUUUCUAUUUUCGGUUUCUUGAAUCGAUAAAUAGUUUGGCUGGUUAAUUUGCAAUUGUGUCUCUGUGGUAUUUGAUAUAUUGAUCAUAGGUUUUGAGUUUCUAAGAUUAGUCAAUCAAUUUUUGAAUUUGCAACAUUGCUACUGGAAGAUUUAAGCUCUUAGUAAGUGUCAGAUAAAAAUUCUUUAUUAUUCUUAUUAAGUUGAAAGGGAGCUUAGGUUAUGAUUUUUUGCUUAAUUGAAAUGAAACUUGGCUGUUUUCCGUUUACUUGAGUGCUUAAGCUUAUUGGGUCUAUCUUGAAGCUACUUAGCUUUUGAUUCAUUUUGUGAAUAUGACCAUUACACUUUAAACCUUUCUAAUCAGCACACAAUCUCUGAAUUUGUUGGUGUGUGUUUUUGUGUUUUUCCCCCUUUUUUUUUUUUUUCUCUUUUUUCUUUUGUUUUUGGGAGAGAUUUGAGAAGUAAAAUAAAUUGUUCUUGAAUUG